CAUGAGACGCUUUAGAGUUGUGAUUGAAAAAUUAAAUCUCAUUCUGAUUAAAAAAAUAAUGACUUUGCAACUACUACGUACAUCAUAAUAUUCUCUCAAUUAGGUUAGAUUUUAUAUUUUUUAUGGUGGGCUUGAUAAUGAAUUUCAAGUUGGGAAGUAACAUAUUGAUAAAAGCAAGUGGAAGUUUUAGAUGAGCACAACUUGAUCCUUAUAAGGAAAACAAGUAAAGUUUAUACAAACCUUAUUUAUAUAUUAAUAUAUCUAAUUUAAUCCAUGCUUUAAAAAAAAUUGAAUUAUUAUUCAAUUUAUAAGUUUGAG